UUCCGAGAUAGUGUUACGACGGCAUAAUUCGGUACGUUCUUGAAGAUCCCUCUGAAACUGAGCGAGAGUGGUUUGACUUUGAGGAAGAAUUGGCAUGAAUCUGUAUGUGGAUUAGCCCGUUGCCACUAGUUGAAGCUCUGAAGUGACCGAGUUUUCCUAUUCGGGCUCUCUGCUUGGUGUCGAAAGUGUUUGGGCAAUUUUGAAAAACCGAAUCGACGGUGCGGUCGAUUCUGCUUAGAGGUGAGAUAAUUUACAGACAUCGAAGAGAUCAAGUGACAACCGAAACAGGUGACUUCUGAUGCAAUUGGGUGCUAGCGGGUAGAACCGGCUCUCGGUUUGAAGGUUCUGCAGGCGUGAUCAAUUCAAUUGAGGAGACUGUGCCGUGCGAGUUUCGCGUAAGUGAUUGAUGUGAAAAUUAUCUUCCCGGUGUGUUCCGGCAAAGCGAACUGGAGCUCUUCGGGCUAAUCACGACGGGGCGGCUUUUAUUAGCUUUGACCCACCUGAGGAUGGACCACUUUAAUUUCAACUAGAGCCAAUAAUGAUGGGGAGCUAGAAAUUCGAGUGCGAUUUGUUAUGUAAAUCAGAUGAUCCUCGCGUUCGGCUUUGCCAGCAGUCGGUCGGUUUGCCAUUCGGACAUUCGCCUGUACUCUACUCUCCAUCUCGGGCCGGGUGGACGGUGCUUCGCGAGAUCACACUUUUACUUUGGCACUGCGUUACUGAGAGCUCUCAGACAAGCAAAAAAAGGCCGAUUGGAUAUAUUUUGAGAAAUUAGUGUCGAACGGCUUAUUUCUGGUGUUCUGUACAUUUCUUCUGCUGCGACAGAGUGUCAGCGUGUGACUGUGUUCAAAAGUUACGGUUAUUUUAAUUCUUCCGUUUUUAUCCACUAAUUUCACGUACUGACACGAGUGACAGCCACCUUGUAGUUCAUCAACGCAAAGUGAAGGGGAGCUCCCGUUGCAGUGGAAAAGAACGCGGGAAGAAAAGUCGCGAAUUUCGGUGACACCGCGAACCACGGUCAAAAGCAAAACGGUUCCGAUGUGUUUGGUGUUGUUUGUGGUCACGUGAGCCACGGUGUAGAAGAAUUUGGAUGAAAAUGUAGCAAAUUGGUGUGCACCCAGCCCAGAAGCCUGUUGGGUGGAUGAAAAUUUCAAAUUGCGGGGGCGCAAACAUUUCACUUAUUCGAACGUUUGCGGUUUUUUUGUGUUUAUCAGAUUUAAUUAAAAGUGAAAAAUACGAAAAGUACCCACACACGCACACACGUAUUAAUAGCAGGAAAACCGCAUUGAUAGUCGCCUUAUCUGGUGAACGCAAAGUGUGCAAAAUUGCGAAUUGUGUGAACUCUAUCUCUGCAACUGUCGUGUCGGUUUUGUUUAUUUUUUCCUUUGCCUAGAAAUUACACAUACUAGAGCGAAAAGUGCGAAACCAGGUUUAGCUAUUUAGCGGGUGCCCAUUAGUUACAUUGUUGUUGAAGUAAAGUUAGCAGCCAGCGGCGCUCUUAUCAGUGUGUGCCGCCGGAACGACACAUCAGACCGGGCACAACAGUGAAUCGUGACGCUUUGACGCAUCCAGCGCAUCCGGAAGAGUUCACGUUUGAGCCCCGUCGGAAUCCGCGAACGACGACAGCACGGUCCGGUGGUCCGGUACGGACGCGUACUGCAAAGGUGAAAAGUGCAGUGAAGUGAACUGAUCGCGAUACGAGGUGAAUUCACGUGCGAACUAAUACUGAACAUCGUACCGAAGAAACCUUCUAGUGUAUUGCGUUUUGCACUCUGAGCAAUUCUAUUUACGAAAAAAAUAAGAAAAAAGGAAGCAAGUGAGGUGGCUGGUGAAAACAUAAAAACAAACAACAAAUAUUCGCGCUUACGCUAAUCCUACAAUUAGCAAGAAAAGUUAUCUCUUGGCAGGGUAAAAAAAUCAAGGAAUCUCACCAUUUCGUCGUUGCGGUGCGACACAACAAUGUGUGCUAGAAAGAAGGCAAUGUCGCUAAUUCGGAAGUGGAAAAUCGGUAUCCGCUAGGUGGGCAGAAGUUUGUUUUACGCAGUGAAGUGUGUGUAUGUUUGUUUGUGCGUAUAUGCGGCUGUGUAUGCGUGCAUACCCAUAGUACAGUUCGCACCUACAUACAGUUCCGUCGGUAGCCACCGUCACGACGUCGUCAUCAUCGGAGCAAUGGGCGGUCAACGACUGGGGACGUUCCUGUCCUGCUAUCGAAAGCGCGAAAAUCAAGUUCAUCUGAAUCACGACGGUCACCGUUUUAGGUUGAUGAUAACCUGAAGAAGUGAAGUGAAAUUUCCUUUUCUUUAUUUUUCGGUUUUAUCGUGGCAAUUGUUUCACUGUGAGGUGUUAGAAGAUUUUUUCAAUCGGCUCUAGCAUCCGUUCAUGCUCAGUGGAAGACUUCGACGGAGGGCCCUGGCCCUGCUGGGAGCCCUCCUAUUGGUCAUUUUCAUAUGGCCACCAUGCUGUGCGACAAUGCCGAAACCCUUACCCGCGUUACUACCGGCGGUUCCAGAAAUUGAUUUGCCUACGGUUCCAGUACCAUCCGUUGCCGCCGUUGCACCAGUGCAGCAUAAUGCACCUGGAAAGAGCAGAAAAACGACUGAGCUGAGUCGCUUUAUGACCAUUCUCUCCAAAACGACAGCGGUAAGUAAGGACGGCGGUGGGAAAAACUUACCCGGAGAAAGUCGCAAUAAACCCACGAUGCACGGCGACGGUAUAAGUAGUGCGAAUGCCGCGAGUGACAUCCAAAGCAAAGCGCUAAAUUUACAACGGCCUGAAAAUCACUACGCGCGGUCGUCAAUAGACGAACCAAUCGAUAAAAAUAAAUCACAUGAACAACAAAUUUCGACUGCAACCGGUGACGAAGACGCCACCCAACCGGUAAAAUUAGAUAACGUCGUCGGUGCCGCUCAGAGCAAUACAUUCAACGACAAAAAGCCUUAUCAUCUCGAACCAAAUCAGGCGCAGAUAACACACAGUCCCACUAUAUUCAAUGUUCUAUUCCAAAACCCACCAACACCAACGGCAGCAGCCGAUGACAUCGAGCGACAGCAACAUCUAAAGGUCAAUGACCGCGGCGAUGAUCAGAACGCCGUCAAUCAAUCAGUAUUCAAUACCUCGUCUCGGUCCAUCGACUCCUCUUCGCCCAGCUCGAACUUCGACGACGAUGACGACGACAGCUACUACAGCUCCCGCGCCUUGAUCCUGUCCAGGUCACAACGCAGCGCGUCGGCCGAUCCGGGAGAAUUUGGCUACAGUCGACAUCGCCACCGGCACCAGCAUUAUCUGACAGGUAAUGCUACCCUUACAGCAGCCGGUGCUAACGGGCGAAGUAGGGGAGCACCCGUUGGGCGACAUCAUCAUCAUCACCAUAUCUAUCAACAUCACCAUCAGCAGCAGCAGCAGCAGCAGCAACAGCAAUAUCGCAAUGGGACAACGGUUGGAGUUGAUGCUGCUAGCGGGGGCAGUAGCGGCGCCGGCGGCGGCGAAGAUCAAUCCAAUCUAGAGCGCAACGAACGAUCGGCGAAUCUGUCGCAUAUAACCGGGGCAACGCGCAAGAUUCAGCUGUAUAUCAAGAACCGAUACCUGCAACUGCUGGCCGAUGGCACCGUCAACGGAACGCACGACGAUCAGAGCGAUUUCACAAUCCUCCAGCGAACGACCGUGGCCGCUGGUCAAAUAAGGAUCCAAAGCGUGGCGACCUGUUUGUUUCUAUGCAUGGACACCUGCGGAACAGUCUACGGUUCGAAAGACUUCACCGACGACUGUGUCUUCAACGAGCAGAUCGAGCAGCACCACUACAACACGUACAGUUCGACGCAGCACUCCAACGCCCGGCGAACGCUGUAUCUGGCCCUGAACAAAACCGGCCAACCGCGCAAAAUACAGAUCCCGGUCAACCGAACGCUGGGCAAGCUGGCCACCUACACGAAAGCCCUCACCCAAACGGUAGCUCAUGAUCGCGUGGAGCGAUUAAUCUCGAGACUAUUCGGGGCGAAUCAUGUCCGCCACGGACUGAAGCAGCUCUGCGAAUCGGGCAGAGCGUUGCAGGACCUUACGGCAAAGGUGAUGCGACCGCGGCCAGCUUGCGGUGCGACUCGGGGUGCCGUCGCUAGUCAGCCUGCCGCCGUCGGCGGUGCCAAAGAAGCCAGCCCGCCGGUGACGCCCGGUGGCAACAAAGACAAAGACACUAAAGAAACGCUGAGGAAAAAGAAGAAGAAACGGCGAAAAUGUCGGGACGAUGAACCGGCCGGAGAGCAUUGCUUCCGACCGCAAACCAGCGGCAUUGGUACAAAUACUGGCAGGAGAAAGCCCCCCGGGCAGGCGAAGAGUCAAAGGUGCAGUCCGGAAGAUGGCGACUGUGUUGUUAGUCCUAGUAGUAGUGGUAGCAGUAGUAGUAGUAGUAGUAGUAGUAGUAACAACCCAAAUAGUGCAAAUAGUGUAAGUACUAGCAGUAGUAGUAAUCGUGCGAGCACAACUCCAGCGACCGUACCAAAUGUAGUAGUUUCGGCAGGUGCAGGACCGAAAAGAAAACCGGUGAAAAAAGUAAACAACCGAAAUACUCCCAUUGUAAAUAACAAAAAACCCAAGAAGAAUCCGGUUGGUGGAGGUAGUGGUGGCCCCGCUGCCAACAAAAAAACCAAACAUCUGCAAAAUUCUAGUAGCAGUAGUAGUAUUAGUAGCGGUAGUCACAGUGGUAGUAGUAGUAGUAGUAGUAGUAGUAGUACUAGUAGUAGUAGCAGUAGCAGUAGUUCAGUGCCAUCAGUCGUUAGGGGCAAAGGAAGGACAACGAGCACCUCGACAACAGUAACAACAACAACAAAAACAAGAGCAACGACUCCGACAUCAACGACGAAAUCCACCUACACAACAACAACAACCCAGUCACCGUGGGCGUCUUCGUCGCCGAGUAACCUCCUGGAGGACACUUCUCAGUCAGAUGACGAACUGCUGGAAGCCGAGCUGGACAUGGAUGAUCUGAUACAUGGGUCAACCGAAGUGAUCGAGGAGGAUGACAUCGACGAAGGUAAUCUUAAUCUCGCUGGUCAAUCUUUGAACUUUGUGGAUGAGGAUGAUUUGGGUGAUAUGGACUUUUAAAACCUGUUUGAUCUUUCUUCACAAUUUGUACUACUGCCGGAGAAGCACGCGGUAGCGAUACCUCCGAACUCUCCGGCUGUUUUGAUUUCGUUAGCUCAUUUGAUCAUUUGUACAAAUCACUUUCGUAUUCUAGCUUGCCUUUUCUGAUCAUAGAUAUAGUAGAUCGUGUAUAAAAGUGUGUGCCAAUUUGCUAUCCGUAAACGGUUCGAUUUGUGUGACUAACGCAUGCGGGAAGUUUUGUUAAGUGCUAAAGGUACCGUUAAGGAAGGAGUAUUAAUCGAUUGCGUUCGAUGGAUUCAACUAUGUUUGCUGGAUCUUCGACUGUUCGCCGUUCUUUCCAGUUUGCUCGCUGUUUGGUUGCUAGCUUGA